GUCAAUUUUUCCCCCUUUGAAGCUCUCUUCUUUUGCAUUUCUCUGAAAGAAGCAUUUGAAGUACACAAAGAGGCCUAAAAGCUGUGUUGAAGAUGACAUAUAACGCGAUAUUCGCGAAAAGCUUCAGUCGAUAUGAGCAGAAGAAGUUUGGAUAUUGGGCUAUCAUAGGAUCCUUCAUCCUUGUAUUGAGUUCCUUUACUCUUCUUAAACCUUUUUUGGGUCCUCUACCAAUCUUGAAUUUUAGGCUGUCAAUGGGCACUGGCCAUACUCUGUUAGUGAUUGAGGAUACAAGCAGUUCUCAUCCAUCAAACAUAAGCAGUUCUAGGCCAUUAAACAUAAUCAGUUCUCAGCCAUCAAACAUUGUCAGCAGUUCUCAGCAAUCAAACAUAAGCAUUUCUCAGCCAUCAAACAUUGGCAAUUCUCAGCAGUCAAAUAUAAGCAGCUCUCAACAGUUAAACACAGGCAGUUCUCAGCAAUCAAACAUAAGCAUUUCUCAGCCAUCAAACAUUGGCAAUUCUCAGCAGUUAAACAUAAGCAUUUCGAAGCCAUUGAGCACAAACACUUCUCAGCCAUCAGUUUCAGAUGGAGAAGAAAAGUUAAAACAGGAGAGAAAGCCAAUUUGCUCUGUUUCAGACCCCAGAUAUGAGUCAUAUAACUUUUGUGAUGCUGAGGGUGAUAUUAGGAUUCAUGGAAGAUCUUCCACUGUCUUUGCUACUUCAUCUCAACAGGGUGUUUUGGUAGGAAAUGAAUCAUGGAUUAUCAAACCUUAUGCUCGAGUGACAGACAAAACUGCGAUGUCAGUCAUUAAGGAAAUCUCAGUGAAAGCCAUUGCAGCUCCUGAAGAAGCCCCAACAUGCACUGUAAAUCACAGUGUCCCUGCUGUGAUCUUCGCAACUGGAGGAUAUUCAGGAAACCACUUCCAUUCCUUCACCGAUACUAUCAUUCCUCUCUUUGUUGCUUCAUCCCAAUUUCGCGGUGAAGUUCAGUUUGCUGUCACCAAUUUUCAACAAUAUUGGAUUAACAAGUUCCAAGCAAUACUGAAACAACUAUCAAAGUAUGAGAUCAUCAACAUAGAUGCAGAGGAUAGAGUUCAUUGCUUCCCACGGGUAAUUGUCGGUCUUAAGCGAUAUAAAGAUUUGAGAAUUGACCCUUUAAUGGCUUCAAAAGGGUACUCCAUGAAAGAGUUCAGACAGGUCAUGAGGAAUGCCUAUUCUUUGAAGAGAUCGACCGCAAUCAAGAUCCGUAAUGGCACACGAAAGAAACAGCCUAGGCUUCUGAUCAUAUCAAGGAAAUGGACCAGGGCAUUUGUAAAUGUCAAUGAAAUAGCUGAAUUGGCUAAAAGCUUGGGGUUUAAAGUAGUUGUCUCUGAAGCUUCAAUGAAUUUGGAUAAAUACUCUCAAGUUGUGAACUCUUGUGAUGUGAUGUUAGGGGUUCAUGGAGCAGGUCUCACAAACUUCUUUUUCCUUCCUACCAAUGCAAUACUGAUACAAGUACUUCCUUGGGGUGGAUAUGACUGGUUGGCUUCUACUUAUUUUAAGCAGCCUACCUUGGAUACAGAUAUAAGAUACUUGGAGUAUAAGAUAAAGGAAGAAGAGAGCUCUCUAAUAGAACAAUACCCAAUUGAUCAUCCAGUCUUUAGGGAUCCCAUUUCAGUACAUAAACAUGAUUGGGGACAAUUUAAAUCUUUAUACCUAGAAAAGCAAAAUGUAAAGAUUGAUGUGAGUAGGUUUAAACAUACAUUAUUAGAAGCCCUUGAGCUUCUCCAUCAUUAGAUUGUAAUGUUAACUUUAGGACUAGAAGUCUUCUUUGAGUUUUAAUUUAGCCAAA